AUGAGCUCCUUUUUAUUAAAUAUUUUAUUAUUAUUUAUCUGUGGUCAGAUGGUUAUGUGCCAGGAUGUCUACAGAGCAGCAAUAAUAGGCAACGGGAAACCACACACUAAAAACUAUGCAUCUCUUAUACAUGAAGCGGCCAAAUUGAAUGCGGAUAUACUUCUAUUAGAAACUGUGAAGGAUAAGAACUUUGAAUCAUGUGGCCGUUGCGAUAAUAAUUAUGAUGAGAUAGUAAAGGCGGUUUCAACAGCUGCGAAGGAAACCGCGAUCUACGUUGGAGUCCAUGUAUAUGAAAAAAUAACUUGUAAUAGACAUGAAGAUAUUGUCAGAAGUAAUUUAAUAUUCAAUAGAAAUGGGGAUAUAAUUUCUGUUUCCAGGAAGCCAUUGAACAAAGCUAAUUGCAAUUCAACAUAUUCAAACAGUACUAGCUUUUCAACUGAUUUUGGCGUCAAAUUUGGAGUAUUGAUGGAAGAGGAUAUAUUAAAUGCUCAAGAUAUAAAUCUUAGUAAUUAUAUAAUACUGGGUUCACGGCCUCGCAAUAGUGGGAAAUUACAUGCAUCGCAGCUUGUAUCAUCAUGGGCAUUUAUUAGUAAAAUUAACGUGGUUUCGACAAACGGUAUUUAUGGCAACACUGGAGCUGCCAUGAAGUCUAACAACAUUAUUGUGAAGGAAAUAAAAAAAAAUGGAAAUAAUAAACCAAAAUUACAAAGUAGUUCAUAUGAUUUGCCUGAGUUGGCUCGCAGCGUCAAGCUGGACUUGGAACUCGCUAUGCAAGGGUACAAGGAAAACGUAUGCUUUGAAGAAGUUUGUUGUCAUUUCUACUUAAGACUUGCGGGAAAAGGUAACUCGGACGUGUCAUACAAUAUAGGAGUUCACACUGGUACAAUGGACGUAGGAUCACAAACAGUGGCCACUCGGGGUUGUGUCCUAGUCGCCUGCGCAGGGUCAGAUCAAUCUUGCUCUGUACUGUCCGGAAAUUCAUUAGAUGUCACCUUUAAAACAAUCUCUAUAUCUAGUAACUUCAGUCAGGACUCCAAGCAGUUCCCAAUUUUACAAACUACAGAUGUCAAGAACAUAAAAUUCGACCAACAAAAUGGUAUAAAUAACAGGCAAGUUAAUAUGGAAAUUCAUGAAUGUAAUAAUGUAUUAAAUUUCGGAAUAAUCAGCAUCGAAUCGAAGCCAAUUGACCGAUCGAGUGAACAAUUUAUCGAUUUCUCUUCAUACAUUUCGAGUGAGAAUGUUCUAGAAUUCUUCGAUUAUCUUUGGAUUCGAUUGCGUGUUCCUAUAUUUAUCGUAUCGAUAUAUAUAUUGGAGAUGAUGUAA